GUUUGUCAACAAUAUAACCUCAAAGUUUUGUGACUUAAGCGAUAACACCGAAAUUCACAAUAAUUUGUGAAAACUAUGAGUUUACCUACAGAUUUUGGACCGGAUUCCGGCGGUAGAAUCAAGGGCGUAUGCAUAGUAAAGCCCAUUGUUUACGGUAACGUAGCCCGUUAUUUCGGCAAAAAACGGGAGGAAGACGGCCACACACAUCAAUGGACAGUUUACGUAAAGCCCUACAUAAAUGAGGACAUGUCAAAUUAUGUAAAGAAAGUCCAUUUUAAACUGCAUGAAAGUUAUGCCAACCAGAACAGGAUAGUGGUUAAGCCGCCUUAUGAAAUUAGUGAAACUGGCUGGGGCGAAUUUGAAAUCGUUAUUAAAAUACAUUUCCACGACCCUAAUGAACGACCUGCUACAAUGUAUCAUAUACUCAAACUGUUUCAUUCUGGAGGCACAAGGGACAUAGGAAUGGAAAAUGGUAAAGGCUUAGUAUCAGAAAGUUAUGAUGAAAUCGUCUUUCAAGACCCUACACAAUUGAUGCACCAUUUAUUAACCAGUUCUAAACAAUUAACAAUGGGAAGAUGGGAACACAACACAAAUUUUGAAGAGAAGAAAGAGAAGACUCAAAAAAGUAUAGUGGAAGCCAAACAAAAAAUCAGAUUAGAGAUUGCAGUACUGAAAAAUAAAUUAAAACUGGCGAAAGAAACGAUUUCGCAGUUUAAAGAUGAAAUUGCUAAGGCCCAAGAUGGACAAUAUUUAGUUUAAUUUAAUAAUUAGUGUAGUUUUUAAGCCAAUAAAUAAAAGAUUUAUAUUUUUA